AUGUCUACCUUACGCGCUAAAGCUGUAUUAAUUGGUGAUGAAGUCCAUGUUGCUGGCAAUAAAGAUCAAUGGGGUCGUGGCGGAGCAACAUCAGCUGAAGGAAAAGAUAGUACAUCAGCUGGUUCAUCAAAAAAACCAGUUUAUGGUGUUAUUGAAUUUGAACAACAAGGUGAUACCGUUGUAAUUACAGGUAAAAUCGAAGGACUUAGCGAAAAUACACAACAUGGUUUCCAUAUUCAUGAAUUUGGUGAUGUUAGCAAUGGAUGCACAUCAGCUGGUGCCCAUUUCAAUCCACAUAAAAAACAACAUGCUGGUCCUGAAGAUACUGACCGACAUGUUGGUGAUUUAGGAAAUAUUCAAACAGAUGCUAGUGGUGUUGCUACAGUAAAUAUCAAAGAUAAAAUGAUAUCUCUCAAUGGUGAACAUUCCAUUCUUGGUCGUUGUUUGGUUGUUCAUGAAAAACCCGAUGAUUUAGGUCGUGGUGGUGAUGAUGAGUCGAAAAAAACCGGUAAUGCUGGUAAACGUUUGGCUUGUGGUAUUGUUGGUACUGUUAAUCCAGAAAAAAAGUAA